GUUCCCUGAGCGACGCAGCGUCGUCAUCUCUCUCUCUCUCUCUCUCUCUCUCUCUCUCUCUCUCUCUCUCGAGCGCGCGCGCACACACACACACAGAGGGAGGUGAAUAGGUGGCUGCAUCAUUCCGGAUGGCUGCCUCCGGAUCAGCAGCGGAAGGAGGAGAUGAGCUCGAGCUCGAAACACGGCUCAGCAGCCUCGUCUCACCUAACGGAAGAACCCCAUCCUCGGCUUGAGGUUGCAAGAAUUUACCACUGGAAUUUUGGGACCAUGGAUGGAAUGCCAUCUUACUAAUGAAAAUGAUUUAGGCAUCUUGAACCCAAUCUGUGGAGCAUCUAAGUAAAAAAUCGAAUUUUCUAGCAUAUGCUGUGCGAUGGUAACAUAGCCACGAUGCUGGCCACUCCGCAAACGCUUUUCUUUAACCUAGGUUAUUAAACUAUCCACGACUUUCCCCCACACAUGUACGCCGUUUGCCAUGAAUCUGGCUGUGAAGCUGCGGAGGAAUUUAAGGAGGCUGGUUAUCCUCCUCGCCACCUUCUGCAUGGUCAGUGUCAUAGUAUCUGCCUACUAUCUGUACAAUGGCUCUGCGCAGGUGUUGGACCUGACGGACCAUGGCGUUGGCCCCGACUGUGCCGAACUCCGGGUGCUUCCUUUUAGACCGGCUGAGCUGCAGAUGCCUAAACCCAUGGACCCGUCAAGAAAAGACCCAGUAGUAUUGGUGUUUGUGGAAAGCCAGUACUCCCAGCUGGGGCAGGACAUCAUUGCCAUCCUAGAAUCCAACCAGUUUCGCUAUCAGGCUGAGAUCGCACCAGGAAAAGGGGACAUUCCUCCACUGACCCAUAAGGGCCGCGGGCGAUAUGCUUUGGUCAUAUAUGAGAAUGUGCUCAAGUAUGUGGGUAUGGACACUUGGAACCGUGACCUUCUGGACAAGUAUUGCAUAGAAUACAGCGUCGGGCUUAUCGCCUUUCACCGUGCUAGUGAGAACUCGCAGCCAAGCAUGCACCUAAAGGGCUUCCCUCUAACCCUACAAACCAACGUACCCUUGUGUGACUGCUGCGUUAAUCCCCGCUCGCCGCUGCUUUAUAUCACCCGAGCAGAAGUGGAUCGAGGGCCACUCCCAGGUGAGGACUGGACCGUGUUCCAAUCCAACCACUCCACGUAUGAGCCAGUGCUACUCGCACGAUCACGCCUUAGUCCAGAUGAAGUCAAUGGAAGAAUGUUAAGUGGCCUCCAGGCUACUGUGGUUCAGGACUUGGGACUCUAUGAUGGGGUUCAGAGGGUGCUCUUUGGGCAAGGCCUGGGCUACUGGCUUCAUCGUCUCAUACUGGUGGACGCCAUCGCAUACCUCACGGGCAAGAAGCUGUCACGAUCAUUGGAACGGUACAUCCUGGUGGACAUCGAUGACAUCUUUGUAGGAAAGAAAGGCACAAGGAUGAAAGUGGACGAUGUGAAGGCUCUCCUAGAGACACAGAACAUGCUACGAACUCAGAUCUCGAACUUCACAUUCAAUCUCGGAUUCUCCGGCAAAUUUUUCCACACAGGCACUCAGGAGGAGAACGAGGGCGACGAUCUCCUGCUGAAGUACGUGAGCGAGUUCUGGUGGUUCCCUCACAUGUGGAGUCACAUGCAGCCUCAUCUGUUUCACAACGAGUCAUCGCUGAUGGAGCAGAUGAUCCUCAACAAGGAUUUCGCAUUGGAGCAUGGGAUUCCUGUAGACAUGGGCUACGCUGUAGCACCUCAUCACUCGGGUGUGUAUCCAGUGCACAUGCAGCUGUAUGAAGCGUGGAAGAAAGCGUGGGGAAUCCGAGUGACCAGCACUGAGGAAUAUCCUCACCUGAAACCUGCACGGUACCGCAAGGGCUUCAUCCACAACCACAUCAUGGUGCUGCCACGUCAGACCUGUGGCUUAUUCACACACACAAUCUUCUACAAGGAAUAUCCUGGAGGCCCAAAAGAGCUGGAUAAGAGCAUUAAAGGAGGAGAGCUUUUCCUGACUGUUCUCCUAAACCCCAUCAGUAUCUUCAUGACUCAUCUGUCUAACUAUGGGAACGAUCGAUUGGGUCUGUACACUUUCGUGAACCUGGCCAACUUCCUGAAGUGCUGGACCAAUCUGAGACUGCACACACUCCCGCCUCUGCAGCUCGCACACCACUAUUUUACCCUGUUCCCAGAGCAGAGAAACCCACUCUGGCAGAACCCAUGUGAUGACAAGAGACACAAGGAUAUCUGGUCUAAAGAGAAGACCUGUGACAGGCUCCCCAAGUUUAUGGUGGUUGGACCUCAGAAAACUGGCACCACGGCGCUCUACCUCUUCCUCCUAAUGCAUCCGUCCGUCUCGAGCAGUUUCCCCAGUUCUAAGACCUUCGAGGAGGUGCAGUUCUUCAACACCAACAACUACCACAAGGGCAUCGACUGGUACAUGGAUUUUUUUCCGGUUCCAUCAAACGUCAGUACGGACUUCCUGUUUGAGAAAAGCGCCAGUUACUUCCCUUCAGAGGAGACGCCCAGACGAGCGGCCGCCCUGCUACCCAAAGCCAAAAUCCUCACUCUGCUCAUCAACCCGUCUGACCGAGCCUACAGCUGGUACCAGCACCAGAGGGCCCACGAGGACCGGGCAGCGCUUCGUUACAGCUUCUACGAGGUGAUUUCAGUUAAUCAGCACGCUCCAUCAGACUUAAGAUCUUUGCAGAACCGCUGCCUCAUUCCCGGCCUCUAUGCCACACACCUGGAGAGGUGGCUCACCUACUACCCACCUGGCCAGCUGAUGAUAAUAGAUGGGCAGCAGCUCAGGAAUGAUCCAGCAGCCGUGAUGGACGAGGUGCAGAAGUUCCUGGGCGUCUCUCCAUACUUUAACUACUCGCAGGCUCUCACAUUCGAUCCUCAGAAGGGUUUUUGGUGUCAGCUGCUGGACGGAGGCAGGACUAAGUGUUUGGGCAAAAGCAAAGGUCGCAAAUAUCCUCCUAUGGACGCUGAGUCUCGCCUUUUCCUCUCUCGCUUCUACCGGGAUCAUAACAUCGAGCUGUCGAAGCUCCUCCACAGACUCGGUCAGCCUCUCCCGGCGUGGCUCCGUGAAGAACUGCAAAAAGUCAGGUAGCAUUUAUUCCACUAACCCCCGACGCUCUUCGGGUCAAAGGUCAAGGGUCGUGACCAUAAAAAAAGGACAAUGCACCCCGGAGGAAAAGAGGACAGAAAUGUUGGACAGAGAGCCAGUGAGUGCAGUGCUGGAGUGUGGGAGAGAUACUGCUAAGGCAAUACAUGAAGAAUGGAGUGGGAACAAGAGAGAAAGAUAGAAAGCGAGAGAGAGAGAGAGAGAGAGAGAGAGAGAGAGAGAGAGAGAGAGAGAGGUUUCAUUCUAUAAUUUUAUUCAAACCCAAUUCCAAAGCGAAUGGUGUAAGCAGGGAAUUCUGCCACAUUUCAUUUCUCUCUCAAACUAAUAAAUAAUCGGUUUCAAUGUUUUUUCUAUUAAUACUGAAUGAGAAUCAGGUACUGAGUUUCCACAGGCUGCAGAAAUAAAACCAGUUCUCAGUGAUGGUCUCAGCUGCAGAAACUACUGUUACAGCUCCAGGCUUCAGUCUUCAGUCUCGGGUCAUCAUCUUCAUCACACGCAAAAAUCCAACAAGAACUUUUUCUUUUUCUUCAACGCCAACCACUGCUUGUAUUCUCUUUUUUCUCACUUCAACAUGGACCUUUUUUUUUAGAAAACAGCAAGCAAGAUGAUGUCCAGAUCGCAGCUCUGGAGGUGAAGCUGCAGGUGAACGGAGCUUCUAAAUCAAGUUGUAUUCAGUGACAAUGAGAUCGAAAUAAAUCCAUUUAUUCUGAAUUAACACUGAAUGGAAGAGCGCACUGGUGAUGCAAUGCUGAGCGUGUGUGUGUGUGUGUGUGUGUGUGUGUGUGUGCACGCAGGCCAGAGUUCCCCUGUGUGAAAAUGUCCAGCUUUCUUUUUCAGAACUGCUGUGGAAAUCUGUACAGAAUAUAUUAUAAAUAUGUAUUAAACACUGGAAAUAUGUUUUAAUAA